CAGGCCUAUUCCAAAGCGGCCGGAUUUGUUCCCAAACUUACCACCACCGUUCUUUCCUAUCUCUCACCCAAGCCGACGGACAAAAUCCUCGACAUCGGCUGCGGCGACGGUCCCUUGACAGCCCAGAUCGCUGCUUCCCUAACUGAAGGCUACAUCCUCGGUCUUGACGCCUCAUCUUCCUUCAUCAAUACAGCCCAAGAAAAGCAUACUUCUUCAAACUGUACUUUCAAACUCCAUGACUGCCGACGCAUUGCUCAAUGCGCCGAAGCUGUUGAUGGCAGUUGGGAUAAAGUGUUCAGUAACGCCGCUUUACAUUGGAUUUUACGAGAGCCGAGUACCAGAGACGCUGUCUUCAAAGACGUGCAUGCAGCAUUGAAACCAGGUGGUACAUUUGUGUUUGAGAUGGGCGGUAAAGGCAACGUCGAGGCGGUCCACUCGACCAUCCUCUCUGUUCUCGUCGCCAAUGGUGUCCCUAUCUCAACCGCCCGCGAAGCAUCGCCCUGGUUCUUCCCAAGCGAUACUUGGAUGACGCAACAGUUGCAGAAAUCUGGCUUCGAGGUUGAGAAGUGUUACUUGGAGUACAGACCUACGAAAUGUACUGCCAAAUCUGCAGAUGGGUCAGGUGGAUUGGAAGGGUGGAUCAAGUUGAUGGGAGCCGAGAUGUUGGCAGUUGUUGAGGAGAGCAAGAGACAAGAUAUCGUCAAGCAGGUUUGUGAUAUCUUGGAGACGGUGGUUACGAGGGAGGAGGACGGGAGUCAGUGGCUCAACUAUAUUAGGCUUCGUGCUGUUGCGAGAAAGAUUUGA